AUGCCAUCUGAAAAAAUUGUUCGUGUAAGACUCGAGCAAUUGUGCACAAAUGCUGCAAGGAUUCAGUUCGGCGACUGUAACAAUAAUUUUUUAACGUGUUAUACAAAUCGCUCAUUUUCAAUUGAUCAUUGUCCGUUUGGUGAGGAUGUGAAGUUUUGUUCGCGGGGAGAAGGAGUCUAUACUUUCAAAGAGAGUAAGUACUCUCGACAAGCAGUUGUCUGUCAUUUCAUCUCGGUAGACGGAACACAUUGCCUGUUGGCGGCUGGUAACAAUGUUCCGUCAAAUGUGCAUUAUGGAAAUGCGAUACCCUUCACGACAUUCCUUCUUCAAGAAUUCUGUGCGCGCAACUCAACUAAAAAAUAUCGUUUAGCACCAGCUGUACAAAUGAAUGUACCAUGCCGAUCCUGGUAUGUAGAUUGUCAAAAAUCUGUUCAGCAAAUCGUAAAUUGUGAACGAGGUGCUUUAUAUGACAACACAAGACAACGUUGCAUUAGUGACGCACUUUCAGAGAGCACGUGCUCGGCAAGCACAGUUCAACCAUCGUGCAAUGGACGUCAUUGGCAAACGUUCUCGCUGGAACGCUGUUCAAGAAGAUUUUUCUACUGUGAAGGAGGGAUUGCUCGAGAGUAUGUCUGUGCUGAAGGCUAUAAAUAUUACCAAGGGCAAUGCAUCACCGAAACAAUUGUACCUGAAUGCUCUUCAUGUGUUAACGCUCAACCGUAUCGUUUAUUCAACGUUCCUUGUAACGAGGAGUGUACAUUGGGUACGUCUUACCGCAUCAGCUGCAGUGAAUAUAUGCAGUGUCAAGCGAAUGGACAAUUUGUUCAUGGAACAUGCCCGCCACUCUAUGCAUGGGACAUUGACAAUGCACGAUGUGUACCUGACGUGAACUGUGUCACUUAUAUGCGCAUUGCUUAUUUCAAUUUGAAUGCAUGUGAGCGAUACUUCGAAUGCUUUGACGGAAGUUGGAGACUUUUCACGUGUCCGAGUGGUGAAGUUUUUGAUAUGUCAACAACCCGGUGCGUAUCGUUCAAUGGUGAUUGUUCCCAGUGGUUAAGUGGUGCUUCUGUUCAACCACGUCACAAUUCGUUUAACAAAUUGAACUGGUACCCAGAUGCUCCAAAUGUGAACGAGAAGAUGUCUUCUGGGUGUGUUUUGGGUUCAACCUACCGAGAUGACUACGAUUGCAGUCGUUACUAUGCGUGCUCAAGUGCUGGAUAUUUGUCUUAUCGAUGUGCACACGGCACCACUUUCAACGCUCAAAAAGGCAUCUGUGAUGGAACAAAUGCUUGCGAUUUGUCGCGUUGUAUUGAUGGCUCAACCAGAAGUUUACGGAAAUGCGGUUUCUAUAAAAUUUGUGUGCAAGGAAUGUGGAUAGAAAGAGUGUGCGAUAAUGGGAUGCAAUUCAUUAAUGGCCAAUGUCAAGGAUAUUGCAGCAGUUCUGGAGAAGCGAUUGCUGAUGAUCGCGACUGUACGCUUUAUUUGGUCUGUUACAAAGGAUAUCUGGAACAGCGUCAGUGUCAAUACGGAACCACUUUCGAUCCGAACGUUGGUUACUGCAGAAACGGUUAUUCGUGUCCGAGUGGACGUUCGCCGAAUUGUUAUGAUAGUCAAAAGAAGGCAAUUGAUGGCGAAACAUCAAAAUAUUUGAGUUGUGUGGAGGGAACAUAUUAUCAACGAAUGUGUCCAGCGGGUCAGAUCUUCAGAUCGGAUAUCAAUGCAUGCGAUGUUGGCCCUGUUGUCGACUCCACUAAUCACCAGUCUAACAUUGUUAAUGAAGCAUGCGAGGAAAGUGGUGGUGCUCUUGGUUAUCGCGCAGAUCCUAGCAAUUGCAAAAAGUUUUAUCAGUGUGCUCAAGGAAGAUGGGUUUCAAAAGAUUGUCCACCUGGCCUCGUUUGGAACUCGAAUGCCGUUGUAUGUGAUUGGCCACGAAACGUUCCCGAAUGCAAUUUCAUGUAG